AUGGAGGCCGCCAUGAUCCCCUUGAUCAAGAAGCUCGGUGGCCUACUCGCCGGCGAGUACAACCUGGAGAAACGCGUGAGGAAGCGCGUCGAGUCUCUGAUCACCGAGUUGGAGAUGAUGCACGCCGUUCUACACAAGAUCGGCGCCAAGCCGCCGGAGCAGUUCGACGAGCAGGUCCUCAUCUGGGCGGGCAAAGUGAGGGACCUCUCCUACCAUAUGGAGGACGCCGUCGACGGUUUCCUCGUGCGCGUGGACGACAUCGACAACGACCGUGGCUCCACCAACAUGAAGAACACAAUCAAGAAGUUCCUCAAAAGGGCUACCAAAUUGUUUACCAAGGGUAAGGCUCUUCAUCAGAUUUCCAAUGACAUUGAAGAAGCUCAGCGGCUCUCCAAGGAGUUGGGUGAGCUGCGCCAAAAGUAUAUGAGUGACGCGGACACCAAAGGUAAUGGUGAUGCCAUUGACCCUCGCCUGAAGGCGGUGUACAAAGAUGUCACAGAGCUUGUUGGGAUAGAUCACAUAAGAGAUGAGCUGAUCAGGAAGCUGUGUGACGGCAAUGAGAGGUCCAAGGACCAAUUAAGGACCAUGUCUAUUGUUGGAUUUGGCGGACUGGGCAAGACAACUCUGGCCAAAGCUGUGUAUGACAAGAUCAAAGUGCAGUUUGAUAGUGUAGCUUUCGUUUCCGUGUCCCGGAAUCCUGACAUGACCAAGAUUUUCAAGAAGAUCUUAUAUGAACUUGACAAGAGCAAGUAUGCAACCAUCAACGAAGCUGCUAGGGACAAUGAACAACUCAUCGAUGAACUGAGAAUGUUUCUUCAGGACAAGAGGUACCUCAUUGUAAUCGAUGACAUAUGA